CUCUCCACUAUCAUCUCAGCAUUAAUCUCACACUCAACUUCAUGCUCCUGCGUCCUCCUGGAGCUCCAACAUUUUACAUUCUGCUGCCUUCCCUCCUUUGUUUUCUCCCCGCCGAAGAACUCUAAAAUGUCCUGUUAAUUUUCUGCGCAAUAGUUAAUGAGGAUUAAUCCAUCACCCCUGGACGCUAUUGUUACACGGGGGUUCCUAUUUGAAUACAAAUGCGUGACCCUGUGACAGAAAGGUGCACAUUGUGUAUGCUGGGAUCUCAGUAGAGUGACUAGAGGAGCGAUCAGACCUGCAACAAGUCCCGUUCUGCUGCAACUAAAAGGAAAUGGCAAGCUCUGCCUCUCUGGAGACGGUGAUGACUUGCAGCAGGACCGGGCCCUCUGGAACUCCUAAGAGUCUGACCUUUUCAAUCGACCGAAUUAUGUCCAAGAGCUCGGAGACGAGAAGCGUUGCGGAAGAGUGCUCAGAGGGGAAGAAAGUACUCGGGAUCUGCUCCCCCAUCCCCUGCAUGGUCCCGCUGCAGCCGUUCAGCUACGACAUCCAGGCCAAGGCGCUGAUGAACUAUUCGGAGCUGUGGAGAGCCAGCCUUAGAGGAACAUUCUGUGGAUCAGCGGCUGCACCGUGCAAAGGAAACUGCGGCAUGUGUGCCAGGGCGGACUCUACUUUGAAGCAACCGAUGCCAACCACCGGGAGCAGGGUGGUGAAACCGCAGGUCAUUCACCAGGCCGUGGCCGUGCCUAGCGUGGGCUCCCUUUACUAUUUCAAUUACCUGGACUCUGCAUACCAGCAGUCGGAACUGCUGGCCGGACAUUGGUUCUCAACUCCGCAGGCCCAUGCUUCCCUAUCGGCGCAGCACAGACUCUUGUUGCUGGAGAACUCCAAGCUGUCCGGCGGAGGCUUCGAAAAGCUCCCCACUCCCCAGUACCCACACAAGGAACACCUGCCUGGCCAGCUAGACCAGAUAGUGAAGGAGAACCACUCUUUGACUGCCGAGAAGAAUGGCGUCAAGGCGCACAGCAAACUGGGCUCCGGCAGCGGCAGUGCAGACGGAAAACACAAAAACUUCACCUGUGAAGUUUGUGGAAAGGUUUUUAACGCACAUUAUAAUCUGACCAGACACAUGCCGGUGCACACCGGGGCCCGGCCCUUUGUGUGCAAAGUGUGCGGCAAGGGCUUCCGUCAGGCCAGCACGCUGUGUAGGCACAAGAUCAUCCACACACAGGAGAAGCCUCAUAAAUGCAACCAAUGUGGAAAGGCGUUCAACAGGAGCUCCACGUUGAACACGCACGUAAGGAUCCACGCUGGAUACAAGCCGUUUGUGUGUGAAUUUUGUGGGAAAGGUUUCCACCAGAAAGGAAACUACAAGAACCACAAGUUGACGCAUAGUGGAGAGAAGCAGUACAAGUGCUCCAUUUGUAAUAAGGCCUUCCACCAGAUCUACAAUUUGACAUUUCACAUGCACACACACAACGACAAGAAACCGUUCACCUGCGCAACCUGUGGAAAAGGCUUCUGCCGCAACUUUGACUUGAAGAAGCACAUCAGGAAGCUGCAUGACAGCAGCUUUUCUGCAGUGUCAGAGGCCUUGAGCGAGCCACAGAGCUGAGAUUUGCUGCUCCGCCGAGAACAGGCUGGCUGAUGGGGCUCCUGUGGCCACCAUGAACAAUGUGCUGAAAAGCCAGACAAGAGGUGAGAAAGCUCACUGUGACUGGAAUUAAAUGAGUGUGGUGAGUUUUGGGACCCCAUGCAAGUGUUCCAGCACUAGCACAGCAGGGAUGAAUGAACCGACCAGAAAAUACAGAACCUAUAGCUAUCUACAAGGAACAUUUUAGAGAAUUCCUUUUUCUUAUUUGUCAUCUAGCAUUCUUCCUCAUAUACAUCAAACAUAGGGCCAAACCACCUGGUUCCAUUAUCCAUGUAUGAGGUUGUAAAUAAUAGGUUAUAAGAGGCUAUUUAAAAAUGAAUUGCCGUGACAUGUAUUUCACUGAAGAAGUGUUAUUGUGAAUAAAUAACUUAUGACUUCUAAUGAAACUAAA